GGACAUUUCUUUGAUCUUCCCUUGUCUCGUCUUUGGCGAACAACUCUCCCACGCAUCACUUGGUUGCUGAACGUUUGCACCGCAGACUUUGCGCUUCUUCGAGUUCUUGAAGCACUUUGAGACCUUCAAGAUGCUGCUCGCCGGCAUUUUGGGGACUGCCAACACCUUGGCGGCCUGCGUGGCUUUGCUGGCGAUGAUGGACUUGAUGUUCGGCAUCAUUGCCAUAGAGCUGAUCGGGAACUACGAGCCCUGGGGCUUGGCAGAACGAGGCACAGCUGUUUGGAGCUUCCAAAAUGGACUGAUCCAGUCGUGUAUGGGAAUGACCCGUUUCAUCUUCUCUGACAACGCGAUCAACGUGCUGGAGGAGCUCAUGGUCAAGCAGCCGCUGAUUUGGAUAUUUUGCUUCCUCUACAUGGCCAUCUCCGCGUAUGUCAUCCUGAAUCUGGUGACCGCGGUGAUUUGCGAGAAAGCUCAGUCCAUGACGCAGGAAAAUGCCGCUGAGAGGGCCAAAGAGCUUCGGGAGGAAGAGAAAAAGACGUUGAAGGAACUGAAGGCCCUGUUCCUGAGACUGGAUGCGGAUGGCAGCGGUCAAGUCACAACCGAGGAGUUUGAUGAUGCCUUCCAGAUCGCAGAAUGCAGGGACAAGUUUCUGGUGCUGGGCUUCGAUGAGGCUGAAGCCAAGAAGCUCUUCAAGGUGCUGGACGCAGAUGGGGAAGGCGAGCUGAGCGUGUCCGAGUUCACCCGGGGCAUGUCCGAGGUGAAGGGAGAGGCGACUGCCAAAGGGAUGCUCAUCGCAAAGAAGAAGGCCGAGAAGCUGGAGAAGUUGUUGAUGAAGCUCCUGCCGCAAGACGACACCGCGCAAGGCGAGGAAGACCGGCGGGCGAUUGAGGAGGCUGAGCCGGAGAGGAUAGGAGAGCUGCUGGAGACGCAAAUGCGUGACUUCGAGAAAGCAGCGCACACGCGCUUAGAUGAGAUGCAGGGUCAGUGCGAGCUGGUCAAAAGUGCGGCUGCCAAUCUGGAGGAGCUGGUCGGCAAGUUGAAGGAGAGAGUCAGGCAAGGGCAGCUGAGCUCAGCCGCGGACGCGAAGAUCUCAGAUCGAGAGUCGCACGCCCAGAGUUAGGAUACACGUUUCUUCGAUUGGCCACAAGUAAAACAGAUAUGCUGAUUUAACAGGGCUUCACUCCUAUCAUGGAGCGAUAAUGAGGGAGAAAGACAACAUGUCUCAAUCACAGGUG